AUGAAGAAUGCACAGGAGAGCCAGAAACACAUGCACAAGGGCAACAGGUACAAUUAUGAUGGAAUCUGUAUUAAGAAAAGUUCUUUCUUGUAUGCUCAGUAUGAAAAAAGGUAUCACAGUGGAGAUGUCAUUGCCUUUGAAGAAUCUACUAAUUAUGGCAGCAUUAUCCAACAAGAUGGAACAGGGUUGCCACCUGGAAUGUGUGCACUGAAGGCGCAGGACUUGCUCACUUCCUUCUGGAAAGCUCUGCCACAGGAUACAGUGGUGCUCAUGGCGUUGCCGGAGCUGUGCCAGCUCUGUAAAUGCUAUAACAUACAGAUGUACAAGGGGAUCGAGGAUGUCCUCCUCAAUGACUUUCUGGAAGACGUUUCUAUUCAGCACCUGAAGUCUGUCCGGCUAUUUAGUAAGAAAUUUAAGCUGUGGCUACUUGAUGCUUUGGAUGAUUUUCCAGCCCUCUUGCAGAUCUCCAACUCAGAGGUAGUUACCGUGUUUGUCAAAAGACUAAGAAGAAAGACAAACCAACAUGGCAAAGGUAGGACCAUGAGGACGCUGUUGGAGAACAACAGGCAAGUCAGCCUCCUGAAGUCGCACCUGCAGGGCAUCCCUGCGGUUUCCACGAAAGCCCUGGCCUGUCACCGGAGCAGCAGGGUGGCCCGGAGAGCGUGGCCCCUACAAAUACCGACAGCAGAAUUCUGUUGCAUUGCUAGCAGUCUUUUUUAUCUUUUAAAAAUUUCACAACAGUCUGAACGGCCUUUAUUGGUGUCAAUGGGGAGUGGGAAAGGGGGGGAUGCAACAGCUGGGGCUCCUGGGACAGCGUCACAGACUCAGUGGCUGCCCUCCAGGAGGCUGGCAUGCUUUCUGUUUAUUUGUGUCUUUACAGGUCUAAGCAGUUUAAUUUCUUUGUUGGGAACAUCCACAGAUCUCUAUGUAUCUAAUUUCCUGAACUGUCUGUCUUCGAAUCUCCAAACAUUUGUCUUCCAGCCACCCAGAAGCAAAGAGGAGUUUCUCAGACUGGCUGCCGGCUUCCAGCUGCGCUGGAACUUCGUCCUCACCACGGUGAGCAAAGUCAUGACUCUCCGCCACAGGGACAGCUUUGGUAGGAAGCACGCCCUUGCUUUGACGAGUGUGCUUUGGGACAUUUUGAGAAAAGCACCCAGGCAGCUGGUCCAGGUAUUGUUGGAAGACAUAGCCACUGAAAGCACUGUCAAACUCAGCCUCCCUGUGAGACAAGAGGCCCUUAUCACCCUAAACGAUGGACAGAAGUUUAUGAUUCACAUAUCAGAUGUGCCCUAAAACUCCGGAAACAUUCACUUCAGGGAAAGCAGUGCUAAUAAGUAAGAGUAUUUAUUUGGAUAGUACAGGGAAAAAACAUAUAUUUUCAUUCUUAAAAAUAUAAGAAAUGCUAAAACCUUUGUAUUGAAAAGAAAAAAGAUUUUAUGUACAUAAUAUAGUGCAGUAUUGUCUAUUUUAUGUUUAUGUGUAUUUCAAGGAGUUGGUUUUGAUGAAACAUAUAAACUGAUUUGGAGAAUAAUAUUGGUAGCUGUUUGCUUCUCCUUCAGGCUUCCCAAGCAUUUCUAUUUGGGGACUUCACAGAAGAGAAAUCUUGCUGG